UCUCAGCCAUGCAGAGCUGAUGAUGAUGACGAUAGCAGACAUCAUAAAACAGUUAAUUGAGGCCCAUGAGCAGGGGAAGGAUGUGAAUCUGAACAAGCUGAAAACGAAGACGUCGGCCAAGUACGGGCUCUCCGCGCAGCCUCGCUUGGUCGACAUCAUUGCUGCUGUUCCGCCCCAGUACCGCAAGGUGCUGGUGCCCAAGCUGAAGGCCAAGCCCAUCAGAACUGCUAGUGGGAUUGCUGUCGUGGCUGUGAUGUGUAAACCACAUAGGUGUCCACACAUUAACUUCACUGGCAACAUAUGUGUAUACUGCCCAGGUGGGCCUGAUUCUGAUUUUGAAUAUUCAACGCAGUCUUACACCGGAUAUGAGCCAACAUCCAUGAGGGCCAUUCGGGCUAGAUAUGACCCCUACCUUCAGACAAGACAUCGAGUUGAACAGCUGAAGCAGUUGGGCCACAGCGUGGAUAAGGUUGAAUUCAUUGUGAUGGGUGGGACUUUCAUGGCCCUGCCUGAAGACUACAGGGAUUACUUCAUCCGUAACCUUCACGAUGCCUUGUCAGGACACACGUCCAACAACGUAGCAGAGGCUGUCAGGUACUCGGAGCGCAGCCUCACGAAAUGCAUUGGGAUAACGAUAGAGACCAGGCCGGAUUACUGCCUGAAGCGGCACCUCAGUGACAUGCUGUCCUACGGCUGCACCAGGCUGGAGAUCGGCGUGCAGAGCGUCUACGAGGACGUGGCCCGGGACACCAACCGGGGUCACACCGUGAAGGCCGUGUGCGAGUCCUUCCACCUGGCCAAGGACGCCGGCUUCAAAGUGGUCGCGCACAUGAUGCCCGAUCUGCCCAACGUGGGUCUCGAGAGGGACAUUGACCAGUUCGUGGAGUUUUUUGAGAAUCCUGCCUUUCGCCCGGAUGGGAUGAAGCUCUAUCCGACGCUGGUGAUCCGUGGCACGGGGCUGUACGAGCUCUGGAAAACUGGGAGGUACAAGAGCUACCCCCCCAGCACCCUCGUGGAUCUGGUGGCGAGGAUCCUGGCCCUCGUCCCCCCCUGGACACGUGUGUAUCGCGUUCAGAGAACAGGCCCAGCUCUGUCAGACUUGCCCGGGUACUCCAGUCCUUUCAUCAUCUUAGUACCCUCUGAGCCUAAUGUACUUCUGUGUGAUUUUUCUCUCAUUUUCUUUUUCCAGUGUCGUGACGUAAGGACGAGAGAGGUUGGAAUUCAAGAAAUUCACCAUAAAGUGAGACCUUAUCAGAUUGAAUUAGUUAGAAGAGAUUAUGUGGCCAAUGGUGGCUGGGAGACCUUCCUGUCCUAUGAAGACCCGGAGCAGGAUAUCCUGGUGGGCCUCCUGCGCCUGCGGAAGUGCUCGGAGGAGUCAUUCCGAGCGGAGCUGAAGGGAGGCGUCUCCAUAGUCCGGGAGCUGCACGUGUACGGGAGCGUGGUCCCGGUGAGCAGCCGGGAUCCCUCCAAAUUCCAGCAUCAGGGAUUUGGUAUGUUGCUGAUGGAGGAAGCAGAAAGAAUAGCCAGAGACGAGCACGGGUCAUGGAAAAUUGCUGUUAUUUCAGGUGUCGGCACCAGGAACUACUACAGGAAGAUGGGCUACGAGCUGGAGGGGCCCUACAUGGUGAAGAGGCUGCCCUGA